AUGGCGUCUGCCUGCCCCUGCCUGAUUCAGUGCUGCUGCCUCUGCUCACCGUGGCCCCCGCUCAUGCAGCACAACAUCGCAUCUGAGGUGGCCGACUCAAAGAUGAGCAAGGAGGACGUGCUCAAGGUGCAGACCUGCGUGCUGAAAGUGAAUAUUCACUGCGAUGGGUGCGAUAAGAAGGUCAAGAAGAUCCUCCACAAGAUUGAUGGUGUGUACCAGAGCAGCAUAGAUGCGGAGCAGGGGAAGGUGACGGUGUCCGGCCUCAUGGAUCCGGCCACCGUCAUCAAGAAGCUAAACAAGGCCGGCAAGCCGGCGCAGCUGUGGGGCGCCAAGCCUGGCGUGGUUAGCCAGCUCCAGAAGCUGCAGCUUGGUGGCGGCGGCGGUGGGAAGGACAAGCAGCCCAAGGGUGGUGACGGUGGAGGCAAGGGCCAGCAGCCCAAGGGUGGCGGCGGCAAGGGCCAGCAGACCAAGGGCGGUGGUGGCGGCGGCGGCGGCGCUGGCGGGAAAGACGCGAAGAUGAUGCUGCCGCAGCCGACGCCACAGCAGAUGCAGCAGCUGAUGCAGAUGAAGGGCAUGAAGCUGCCUCCUGAGCUCCUCAUGAGUAUGGGCGGCGGCAAGAUGCCGCCGUUCCCGGCGGUCACGCCCGCGCCGGCGGCGGCCAAGGACCCCAAGGCCGUCAAGUUCAGCUACCCCGAGGAGGACGAGUUCGCGGACGACGGCAGCGAGUUUGACGACGAGUUCGACGACUUCGACGAUGAGGACGAUUUCGAGGACGACGGCUUCGACGACGACGACCUGUACGGCGACCCCAAGAUGACGAUGAAGCCCGUCGCCAUGCCGCCGGCCGCGGCCGGGGGCGACAAGAAGGGUGGCAAGAAGGGCGGCGGUGGCGGGAACGAGAUCCCCGUGCAGAUGAAGGGCAACGCGCACAACGGCGGCGGCGGCAAGAAGGACUCGGGCGCGAAGCAGAACCAGGGAGGCGGCGGCGGAGGCGGGAAGAACGGUGGCGACUCGCAGGCGCCGCAGAACGGCAAGGGCGGCGGGAGCGGGAACCAGCAGGGUCAGCAGGGCAAGAAGGGAGGCGGCGGUGGGCAGCCUGCCGGUGCCGGCGCCCCGAUGAUGGGCGGCAUGGCAAUGCCACCGCCGCCGCAGCAUCAGCAGCAGCAGCAACCGGGCCCCGGCAUGAUGAUGAGGCCGCCGAGCAUGAUGGGCGGCGCCGGUUUCCCUGGUGGCAUGGGGCAGGCCAUGGGCCUGAUGGGCGGCACGCCGAUGGGCCACCACCACCCGCACAUGGGUGGGGGUGGCAAUGGCAUGCAGCAGAUGCAGCCUGGCGGUGGCGGUGGCGGUGCCGUUCAUGGCAUGCCAGCCGGCGCCAUGCCUGGAGCUGCUGGGUUCUACCAAGGCGGCGGUGCAGUAGUCGGUGGCGGUGGCAUGCCGUCCGGGCCGCCGGAGAUGAUGCAGGCGGCAGGGAACCCCAUGGCCAUGGCGCAGGCGCAGCAGCAGCAGUACAUGGCGAUGAUGCAGCAGCAGCAGCAGAUGAAUGGCCCCGGCGGGUACCCGGCGAUGGGGUACGGGUACGGCCGGCCGGCGAUGCAGUACCCGCCGCCGCCGUACUACUACCACCCGAUGCCGCAGCGGCACCCGCACGACAACAUGUUCAGCGACGAGAACCCCAACAGCUGCACGGUGAUGUGA